CCUACUCCACUCAUUCUCUACCACAACCAGAACCUUAUCCUUCCAUCCCCUAUUCUUCCUCUCCUUUCCCUUCUUCUUCUCAAAUUUCAAAAAUCUCAUAGGAGAAGCACCAAAGCCUCCAUUCUUUUUCAUCCUCAUCUACUAAUAAGAAGAUUAAGGUGUGUAUUUCAAUCUUCCUUUCAUUUGGUUCGAAUUUUAUGUUCUUUAUUGGAAUAUUAGAUUGUUUUUACAAAAACCUAAAGCUGAAAAAAAAUAUUUUUGUAUUCUGUUCGCCAGAAUCAGUCGACCUAGUCUUCUUCGUGGUCGACCGGAUCUGAGGUUGACCUAUGAUGUUUAUGAGGUCGAAUUAUGAUGUUUUGCACUCCAAUGUUACGCGUUUGCUUCGAUCCAUUCUCGUUUUUUAUGAACUGAGGUCGAUCUAUGAUGUUUUGCACUCCAAAUGAUACGUGUUUGCUUCGAUCCAUGCUAGUUUAUUAUGAACUGAGGUCGACCUGUGAUGUUUUUGAGGUCGACCUAUGAUGUUUUUCACUUCAAAUGUUACGUGUUUGCUUUGAUCCAUUUUCGUUUUUUAUGAAUUGAGGUCUACCUAUGAUGUUUUGCACUCCAAAUGUUACGCGUUUGCUUCAAUCCAUGCUCGUUUAAUAUGAACUGAGGUCGACCUAUGAUGUUUUGCACUGCAAAUAUUACGCCUUUGCUUUGAUCCAUUCUCGUUUAUUAUGAACUGAGGUCGACCUGUGAUGUUUUUUAGGUUAACCUAUGAUGUUUUACACUCCAAAUGUUACGCGUCUGUUUCAAUCCAUUCUCUUUUUUUUUAUGAACUAAGGUCGACCUAUGAUGUUUUUGAGGUCGACCUAUGACGUUUUUUACGAGUAUUGGCCUUCUUCUUCGACCAAUAUUUAUGCUUGAUUCACUGAGGUCGACCUAUGGUGUUUAUUAGGUCGACCUAUGAUGUUUUUGACUCCAAAUGUUACGGGUUUGCUUCGACCCAUUCUCAUUUUUUAUUAACUAAGGUCGACCGUUGAUGUUUCUAAGGUCGAACGAUGAUGUUUUUUACGAUUCUUGGCCUUCUUCUUCGACCCAUAUUUGUGCUUGAUUCACUGAUGUCGACCUAUGGGGUUUAUUAGAUCAACCUAUGAUGUUUUUUACUGCAAAUGUUACGGGUUUGCUUCGACCCAUUCUCGUUUUUUAUUAACUGAGGUCGACCGUUGAUGUUUUUGAGGUCGACCGAUGACGUUUUUGACGAGUCUUAGCCUUCUUCUUCGACCCAUAUUUGUGAUUGAUUCACUGAGGUCGGCCUAUGGUGUUUAUUAGGCCGACCUAUGAUGUUUUUUACUCCAAAUGUUACGGGUUUGCUUCGAACCAUUCUCGUUUUUUAUUAACCGAGGUCGACCGUUGAUGUUUCUGAGGUCGACCGAUGACGUUUUUGACGAGUCUUGGCCUUCUUCUUUGACCCAUAUUUGUGCUUGAUUCAUUGAGGUCGACCUAUGGUGUUUAUUAGGUCGACCUAUGAUGUUUUUGACUCCAAAUGUUAUGGGUUUGCUUCGACCCAAUCUCUAAUUUGAUUAACCAAGGUCGACCGAUGAUGUUUUUGAGGUCAACCUAUGAUGUUUUUGACGAGUCUUGGCCUUCUUCUUCGACCCACAUUUGUGCUUGAUUCAUUGAGGUCGACCUAUGGUGUUUAUUAGGUCGACCUAUGAUGUUGUUGAGGUCGACCUAUUUAUGUUUUUGUAUCUUCGAUUUAGGUAAAUGUUGGGGUUAUUGAUUCUUCUUGCAAACAGAGGUCGACCGAUGAUGUUUAGUGGUCGACCUAUUUAUGUUUUGUUUUGUUUAUGCAUGUAGUGUAUAGGUAAACCGGUUUACGGACAUGUCGACCAAGUCUGGUUGGUUUCUUUCUUUGUCUAACGUGAAUUGUUGCUUGUUUGAUUUCGGGAUGUUUUGAGGGAAAAAGAAAAGAAAGUCAGACAAAGGGGCUGCCUCAAAUUCUGAUUGGGAUGACUUCAACCCCACUCUAUUCCAGAACAAGGAGCAAAGUGACAAAUAUGAAGAGAGGAGAAUGCAUAACCGUAAGGUGGCUCCUGGAAGGUCAUUGAUGACGGAUGCGUAUUCUCAUUUCGAGAAUUACGGGUUUCUAGCACCCUUUGUCGAACAAGAGUGGCUGAAGGUGAUAUCUCUGAAUGCACCAUACUACCCUAAAAUGGUACAGUACUUCUACAACAACAUCAUCUAUCAGCAUAAUGCAAAUGGAUCCAUUCGUGCAUUUAAAAGCUAUGUGAAUAGGGUGGAGAUGCGCAUCAGCAAGAAUGUGUUGGCAGAAGUACUGGAGACUCCAAACUAGGGGAAGAGAAUCAAUUCUUACACUGCUUGGAAUGAAACUCAUUUCUCGAGAACCAAGAAAAUCCAGACGGUAUGUGAUCUUGUUGAAGAGGAAGAUGCUUAGGAUCGUAGUAGGCCAACGAGUAACCAGCUGACAGUUCAAGCCGGAGUUCUUCACCACAUGCUUUCCUACAACAUUCUGCCAAAGGGUGGACAUCGGGAGGCAGACACCUAUUUCGACAUGGAGCUCCUCACCAACCUACUGUUAGAUGAGAAGGUGAACUUGCCAUACUUGAUCAUUAACCACAUGCUUACUGCUGCAGAGAGUUCAAAUAGGAAUCUUCCCUAUGGGAUGAUCAUGACUUUGCUAUUUGAGCAUUUUAAUGUGGAUUUAAGUGAUGAGGUUCGCUUAAGAAUCUCAAGGCAUGAGUUCUAUACAGUUUCAUCUAUGAAAAAGAUGGACUUUGAGCUGCGUAAUGGUGAGUAUGUCCGAAUAAACAAUUACGAUUUGU